CUGUGCGAUUAAAUAUUGUCGUGGAAAAGCGAAAAAGGAAUGCGCAGUUUUCUUUGGAACUUUGGUGAGCUAAAAUCAUGAGAACUACGACACCGCAACAUCUUUGUGAACUUCAGAAAAAUCCGAAAAAUAUAAGAAAUAUUUGUAUUUUGGCACAUGUUGACCACGGUAAGCUAUAGUCGUUAAUUUUUACACGUGCAUAUUUCUUCUUCUGGCUCGUGCGCCAUUGGUUUUUCUUGUUUGUAACGGUAUUGUUUUUUGUCUGUUUUCCGAAGGUAAAACAACGAUAGCUGAUGCUUUGGUCGCCAGCAAUGGGAUCAUUUCACAGCGACUAGCAGGCAAAGUAAGGUUCAUCCCCCCCCCGGUUGGGAGCGUGUGUGGGGUGGGGUGGGGUGGGGGUACUUUACAUACAGGAAUGUAAAGGUUGGGAUGUGGCGCUGGGAGCCCGGAACACUUAGCCUAUACCAGACUUUCCUAGUUCAGCUGAAUCAAGAAAAUCUCUCAAAUCUCUCCCUAACCUAGUGUCGCCAUUAUUUAUUUUCCAGAAAUUACUGAGGUUGAUGUUUUCUUUGCUAUUAUUCAAACUGAGACUGGCUGACUUUAUUUUUUUGAGUGUCAAUUCCCAGUUUUUCUGAGUCUAGACUAAAAUCAUCAACCAAUUGAUCAGUUUCCUGGAAAAUGAUCCCCUAUUCUAGACACAAACUCUCUGAUUUCUAUACCCUGUGUCAAACAAAAUUGCUUCAAAAACCAUACCCUUCACAGUGGCCCAUACCUAUAUAGCCCAUAUAUGGCAGUAUAUUUUAAGUGUCAUUGUUUUAGAAGAAAGUUGAGUUUUAAAUUUAGUUUUUUUCUUUUUCAGCUGAGGUACAUGGAUAGCCGUGAGGAUGAACAGCUCAGAGGAAUAACAAUGAAAUCAAGUGCCAUCUCUUUGCUUUUUUCCAAAGGUUAGUCGAUUAUAGCUGUAGUACAUCCUUGGAGUCCUGGGGGCAGUCACUUGGAUCAGGAAAAACAGCAGCAAAAGUAUUCAAGAACAGGUGAGAGAGCCCCAGGGAUGCUACUCUUAAAGAACUAGUUCUGCAACUCAUGCCCAUUCAAAUGCUUGUCUGUGAUUGAUAUUUUUUGUGCCCAAUCGGAGGCCAGUUUCUAUUGUGCUGAUUUUGUGAUCUUGUUGUAUGUAGAGUUUACCUGCAAGCUCGACUGUUCGCCGUGUACCUGUCUGGCUUGUGCCGUUGAGCUUUCUUCAAGAAGAGUUGUCAGUGAAAGUGGGCCCCCCCAAAACACACAAAAAACAUAAGUUAGCAUGUUAGUAAAACAAAGCAAAACAAAAAAUGCACCAGCUGAAGAGAUCACACUGUGGACCGAUUGAAGGUAAAUUCGUAAACACUAGUGAGAGUACUUCUACAAAUGUAGGCUUGCUCAUGCAAAUCUGAAAGUUUACUCUACCAGUUUCAUUCUAUUCUCUUGUGUCACUGAGAAGAAAAGUUUAACAACAAAUUAUUUUAUAACUUAAAAGGGCGAAAAAAUUUCUCCUACACCUGCCUGACAAGUGUGCUGAGAAGGCCUCAACAGCCACGCACAUGAUUUUGCAUGAAAAAGCCUAGAAGUACACUGGUGUAUACGAAGUUACCUUUGAUCAGUCGGUAGUCCAAUUCAUUCAACUGGUGCAUUUUUUUGUUUCGUUUUGUUUUGCUAACAUGCUAAAUUAUGGGGUAAAAUUUCCGUAUGACCCUAUACAUUAAUUUAUAAUUAUGGUGCAUGUUUCCACUCUAUUCAUCCAUAUCAACUAUUUGUGUGAAAUAGUAUGAAAUUGCUGCAUGCAUAAUAAAUGUAUGAGGUUAUAGUUAUACGGAAAUCUUACCAAUUAUGGAAUUUCUUUGGUUUCUUGGGUCCCAUUUCACCAAAAACUCUUCUCGAAGAAAGCUAUCUUGCACAAGCCAGACAGGUACGGCUAACAAUCGAGUUUGCGGGUGAACUUCUUCGUAGAGGAAGAUCAUGAAAACAGCAAAUAAGUUGUGGAACUGGUUCAUUAAGAGUAGUAUCCCAGGGGCUUUCUUGCCCGUUAUUGAAAACUUUUGCUGCCAAUUUUUUGUGACCCAACUGACCGCCCCUCAGUCUCCGAGGAUGAACUUUAGUAUUGAUGUGGGACACAAACCUGGUAUUGAAUUUCUUGCUUUUUUUGCAAGCUAGUAUUAAUGUUUGCAGGACUCUUUUUUCUAAAAUGCUAAAACUACAAAACUGAAUAUUAUCUGAUCUCGAAUCCCCCAUAAUAUACUCUAUUUGUUUCCCAAAUUUUGCCUAAACCAUUGUUUUCAAAUCCUUCUGGGAUGACUACAUACUCCCAAGAGCAUGGGGGACAAACAGUGUCUUAUGGGAGAUAAGAAAAUAGUCAAUGCAUGAAAAUAGAAGGAAUUAAGAUUACACUGUAGAGACAAAUUGUUUAAUGAAUUAAGUAAAUUAUUUGUGGUUAAAGUGAAAACUAAUCUUAUUUUGUAUUCUGUGUGCACACUGUAAUAUUGUUUUUAUUAAUUAAAUCCUUGUUUUUAGAUGAAGAAGAAUAUAUAGUUAACCUGAUUGAUUCUCCAGGGCAUGUUGAUUUCUCAAGUGAGGUAAAAAAACAUAAAUUAUGCUGUAACACACUGUUGAAUUUGUUUUAAUAUCAAGCUGCUAUUAUUUUUAACAUUUCUUUACUAAGUACCCUGUUUCAUUCCAAUAAUGUUACAUUAUUUUUAUUCAUACUUGAAACUCAGGUCUCAACAGCUGUCAGACUUUGUGAUGGUGCGAUUGUAGUGGUGGAUGUAGUUGAGGGAGUCUGUCCACAGGUUUGAACAUGUACUUUGUAAAAUCCUUCUUACUAUCUAAGUAUUCAUGUCCCAACCAGUUAGCAUGUUACUGCUGGCUGAGAGGUUUAUUUUUUGUUGUAUGAUAAUGAUGAUGAUAAUAACAAUAAUAUUAUCAUCCAAUCAAACACACGGUUUUUCUGAGGGAAACACUCUUGGGUUGCUGUUGUUGUUGUUAUUAUUAUUACAUUGUAUUAUUAUUUAUUGUUAUUAUUAUUAUUUUUAUCAUUAUUAUUAUUGUUAUUAUUAUUAUUAUUAGGUGUGCAAUAAUUAUAGCUUACUUGGUAGUGGGAUCAUUGUAGGAGACAAUAUUAAGAAGUAAUUGAGUACCAAAUAUUUUCAAUGCUUCUUUAUAGACUCAUGUGGUGCUGCGUCAAGCUUGGCUGGAGAAUAUUCGACCAUGUUUGGUGCUGAAUAAGAUUGACAGGUUGAUAACAGAGCUAAAGUACUCUCCAGCUGAGGCUCAUUUUCACUUGCAGCAAAUUUUGGAAAAGGUAAAAACCUUUUUCGAUUCACAGUAUAGCAUCAGUACAAUCCAAAAAGCCAAUUUUUAUGAUCUGCACUUAGUUAAUGUAAGACUACAUAUAAUGUCCUAAGCCACACCCACAUAAUUGUGGAGUGGGUUGAGUUGUGUUCAUCAGUGGGGGAGGUGCAGUGUAACGCAGAAGACGUAGUCUUCAGAACAGGUCAGCAAGUAACUUACCCCUGUUUCCCAGUCCCUUAGGACUCUUCACUAUACAAUGGAACCUCGAUUUGACGAACUUCUAUACAACAAAGUCCUCAGUACAUGUAUAACGAAUGAUUUUCUUCAGCGCGGUGAAAAUUAUAGUAACUUAAGAUGUAUGGAGCAGAACCUCGAUUUUACGAAAUCGUCGUGGUAAGGAACUUAAUCCAGAAGCACAAUCAUAAAAUAUACCUCGAUAUAAGGAUUAAAUGUCAACAUGUGAUAAAAGAUGAAUGCGAAACAGGACAACAAUGAUAAAAUUUAUGUGUACGGUAGUUUUAAGCAGUUUUGUUGGCCUGUUCUUGAGUUUCUAAUGCUGUAGCUAUAUAUGUAGCUCGGUACUCAGACAUCUGGAUGGCCAGAUCCUGGAAUACCUCGAUAUAACGAACAUUUUGGUUGUUUUUUGAAUAUUUGUUAAAUUGAAGUGUUCAAUGUAAUGAACCCUCAAUGUAACAAACAAAUUUCCCCAGUCCCUUGGCACUUCCUUAAAUCAAGGUUCCACUGUGCUGGGAUUCCACUGUUUAUAGGAUGCAUUUUGAGUUAAGGGUACCAGAAAUGCAAAAUGUAAUUCAAGAGUAACAAACUUACUCUCCUAUAGGUAAAUGCCAUAACAGCUGCUCUCUUCACCACUGAAGUUUUAGAAAAGAGAUCUGCAAAAGCUGCUCCUGAAAAAGAUACUUUAAUUGGGAAAGCAAUAAAAGAUGACACUGCAGUGUCUAUUGAUGAAUGGAGCUCAGGGCUUGAGGAGACAGAUGAUUCAACUCUUUACUUCUCACCAGACUUAGGAAAUGUUGUGUUCAGCAGUGCCAUUGAUGGUUGGGGGUUCAGGUUAGGCAAGCCAGAUAAGCUAUAUUCCAUUGCUUUUAAUUUGACAAGGCUUUGGGAAAAAAGAAAAAAAAAACAUAUAUGUAAGUUUAUGUAUUUAGCAGGUGCAGUGCACAGCCCUCACCCAUGAACAAUAAAUAAAAAUAAAUAAAUAAAAACAGGUAUUUUCUAGUUCAUUGUUGAAUUCCAGCCAGGAUUGAAGAUGAAAGGCUUUUGAACAAUGAUAUGGUCAAAUAACAGUUUCUUCUAUUAAAUCAUUGAUGUUUGUCAGAUCAAGGUAGAAAGAAAAUUUCAGUUGCCAUUGGGUUUAAAAGAUCAAAUUGCCAUUCUGACCAGGUCCUCUCCAAUUUCUGUUAUUUUUUAAAUUUUGUACAGUACUGUGUAAUGUGUAAGGUGUCCCUUUGUUUUAAUUAAUUUGCUCUGUAUUUUCUUUUCAGCAUCAGUGACUUUGCUAAAAUAUAUGGCAGCAAGCUUGGCAUUAAUGAAAGCAUUCUCAAAAAGACUUUAUGGGGCGAUUUUUAUCUUCACACCAAAUCAAAGCGUAUCUUUAAAGGAGCACAGGCCAAAGCUAAGAAGCCACUAUUUGUGCAGUUUGUGUUGGAGAACCUGUGGGCUGUGUAUGAUGCUGUACUGAGGCGGUUAGUUGUUGUUUUGCUUGGAACUAAGCAAAGUCUCUUUCUUACAUGUAACCCUGUUGCUCUAAGAUUGAUUCAGUUGCCUACCCUCCCCUCCCCUUACUAAACAUUUUGUUUUACUGUAACUUGCAGAAAGUUAGUGUUAACUUUGGGUUAGGGGAGGGGUAGGUGGGUAGUUUCCCAGAAUCUUACCCUGAUCCAGUGAGUUGAGGUGAGAAGAUGAUCUGUCAUUUUAGCUUUUGUAUCCAAAGAAGAAAUCCUGUGGUGACACCUCUUUGGCAGAACAUUUGCAGAGUCUAUUUAACCCUUUAAGUCCUAAGAACAACCAGCAUCAAUUUUCUCCUAACAAAAUCAAUACAUAAUUAAAAGAAAAGUUUAUGAGAAUAAAUAAAAUAGUCACCUAAGGUAAAAAUCUUUGGUCUUUGAACAAAUUCUCCUAACUAAUUCUGUAAGGAAAUGUAUGGAGAUCAGUUUGCAGAAUUUGUAUCUGGAUAUUGUGGGGUUAAAUCUUAGGGUUUGAUUAAAGGAUUUGUUUUGAAAUUUUUACUUUGGUGACCAUCAAGAAUGUCUUUUAGGAGUGACAUUUAACUUAUCAUUUUUUUUACUCUAAUUUUUUUGUUUUGUUUUGGUCAAUGCCUAUAAAUAAUUUUUUGCCUGCCUUCACAUGAACUUUCCCUUUGAAUUCUAUUUUUGUAGCACUAUUUUAGACCGUACAUGUUUGUAUUAUCUAUAAUUUCAUCUGAUGUCUACAAGAAGACACAUUAGAAGUGGCUUGAAAGGAAAACUAGUUAGUGUUUCAGCUGGGUUUUUUAAUUCUUUUUUAAGUUAUUUUUUUAUUUUGGUGUUAGAUGAAUCGCUCUUUCCACUAGUAUUUCUUUAAAUGACCAUUUAUUCCAGAUGAAUUCAAAGAAAAAUUUCCUGACAUUUUCAGCGUGCAAAGAAAGUUGUGUCCGAUAGUCGGGGCGAGUGGAUUUUGCUAUUGGGCUAGUGAUUUUUGUUCUUAACUUGCCCAACGGGCAAGUGCCAUUUUUUUGGGAUAGUUAAAUGACUUGCAGGCUAGUACAUGCUAGCUACAGCUUGCCCAAAUGGCAGGAGACUUUCUUUGCACCCUGCAUUUUGGGUGAUUAAGAUCGCACUCCUAAAUAUGCUUCAUGAUGCUUAUUCUCCCUUUUUAUCUUCAUGCAUCAUUAAUGACUUCAAAAAACCUUUUAAUUUGCUGUUUUAGAGACAAAAUCAAAACUGAGCAGAUAGUGAAGUCACUGAAUCUGAAGAUCUCGGCAAGGGACAGCCGACACAAUGACAGUCGUGUGCUUCUCAAGGCCUUGUUUGAUCAGUGGCUACCUCUCUCUAGCUCCUUACUGUCUAUGGUAAUAGACAAACUUUCAAGUCCAGCUGAAAUACUCAGUGAAAGAGUGGAGAAGUUGAUGUGUAGUGGUGUCAGAACAUUUGACUCGUUACCUGAUGAGACACAGAGUUUGAAAGAUGGUGAGCUUAGAAGGCUGUUUAGUUUGAGCUUUUUAGCCGUAGCCCCUAAUUUAUUCUGUAUUUUUUUUACCUUAUCUGUCUCCCACCUUUUUGUGUCAGACAUGCAUGUAAAGUUCCUUCCUCAUGGAAUGUGUAAGCAUUCAAAGAGCUACAUAUACAUUUUAGCAAUCAGGUAACAAAGAAAAAGAAUAUAAAAAAAGCAUUUUUUUUGUGAGUUGCCCAGGUGCAAGGCAGGAUUGUAGCUAAUUUGUGAGAGGGCUACAAUCUUAUUAGUUUUUAUAACUGUGCAGUGCUACCCUCUUUAGAUAAAAUGUCCUAUUAGUUUGCAAGUCUGCAGCUACCACAUGCAAGGUUAUGGUUUGCCCAGGGCCGGACCAAUAUUCUGAUUGUCUGGUAUUAAAAAAGGGACUGCCGUUUCUCUGCAAAAGGCUAGACCUUUGCCCUCCCCGGAUGGACAUGUAGGAAUGGCAGUCCCAACUCCAACUGGGGACAAAGUCUGUGUCCUUCGAUUGGUACUUUGAUUCGUGCUAAAUACGUUGACACUUUAUAAAGCAGGCCUUUUUUACUCGUGUGCCACGGUAUCACCAUCAGCCACUUGUCAAAACUUUCUCUUUUAUGCUUAUUUUAACUGUAUGUAUAUCUAUUUAUUAUUUUAUUUUUAGAUUUCCUAGCUUGCUCCACUUCUGAUGAUGCGCCAGUAAUCGUGUUUAUUUCCAAAAUGUUUGCUGUCGAGGAUAGUGCCCUGCCAAAGCAUCGUAAGAGGUAAAGAAAGACACAUCUAAUACACUAGUUUACUUGGGCCAACUUUAAGUUCAUAACUCCUUGAUCUUAUACAUCUAACCAACAAUAGUUUCUGCAUCACCAAGAAACACACACCCCCUUGCUCCGAGAGGUUUUUCUUCAAGUAUUCGAUUUACCCUUCGUCUUAAAAAAAAGAAAUUCCAAAUUCCAGUUUUAUGUGUACUGCACGAACAUUUUCAAUGACUCAGUUCUUCAGGGCUCUUAAGUGUUUUAUGGGUGAAUAAAUAAUUACGGUCCUCCUAAAAGUAAGUUGACGGUAACUCGAUUCUCGAUUCUCGACACUCUAAACUUAUGGCAAUUGAGUCUCAAGUCUUGGGAAUCAAGUCUCGAGCUUGAAGUUUCGAGUUUUGAGCUUCGAUUCGAGAAAUAUAAUUCAGUUCAGUUCAGUUUAUUGUUUUGCCAUAAGAUGUACAAAAAGAAGAAAAUCUUAAUAUUUAAAAAGCUAAUUGCGCGGAAGCCCAGGGAAGACCACCGGGCUUAUAAGGAAUGGGCUCCCUCAGUUAAAAUUAAUUAUUACAACAAAAUAUAGAAAGAAUUAUGCAUGCAAAAAUAAUGAUAAUAAUAAUGAUGAUAAUAAUAAUAAUAAUAAUAAUAAAAUAAAAUAAUAAUAAUAAUAAUUAUUAUUAUUAUUAAAUUUUAUACACUUGGACACCACGCUUGUCGGCGGACAAUUAAUAACUUUUCCUUUCUUGGAGUUAAUAUGUUCUAUUACGUCGGUAUAGUUGAACCUGCAUCAUUGUUGUCCAUUUCUUUCGGAAGGCCUUUGACGCAAGAAGAGAUCGCUGCUCGGCGCGAACAAGCGCGACAACGACACGCGGAGAUGCUGGCGAACAAUCCCGCCUUGGAAAAUGGGACUCCUCUCAUCUUCGAGUCAACUUGCGAAGAAAGGAAAGAAGAUGAAAGUAAUGAUGUGCUGGCAAAACAAAAAGCAAACAAACAGGUCCCGAAAAGUCAUAUGCUAGCAUUUGCCCGGGUCUACAGUGGGACCAUUAAAAAGGGGCAGCAGUUGUACGUGUUGGGCCCUAAACAUGACCCACGAGAGACAUCGGGCGUGGAAUUGGGGGGCUCAAAAGGACAGGAGCAAAGGUAGCGCCUUUUCUCUCCAAAUUUCGUUCCUUGAACCUUUCUAGUUUUUCUUUGUCGUUUUAGUAACUUGUUACUCCUGAGGUUAUUUAAGAAUUCUCAGAAUUGCCUAACAUUUGCUGCAUAAAGUGUCGUGUAUUAACACAUUUUUCCUUUGUUCGGUCAGACAAGGAAACUCAAACGGAUUCAAAAAUUGUUUGCUCUGCUUUAAAUCUUGUGCGUUCUUUUCUUUUUUCUUUAAGGCCGUCUCCCUCUUCAUGGCCUUUGUAGUUCUCAAACUUAUUGUUCCUUGCAAGUUAAUGCAAACGUUUCGUCAUAACGUCUAGAGGUUUUAGAGCCCUGUUCACCCAUUGAAAGAAGAACUAGUUUGGAUAGAAGCAAAGCAUUAACGUUAAGACACAUCGCUCGAAAAUUAAACUUAGGCACUGAAUGGGAAGUAAUUGAUGUUUUGUCCCUUUUUUCCUUGAAACAGUGAUAUUGAAGAGUCAAGCGAGGGACUUUCCAUAGCUAAUUCAGUUGACAGAGGCACAAACCAGCACGUGCAAUCCUUCACUGUACAAGAUCUCUACCUUUUGAUGGGCCGCGAACUAGAGACGCUGGACUCCGUGCCGGCCGGGAAUGUCCUGGGGAUAGGUGGUCUUGAAGGUCACGUGCUCAAGUCGGCUACAAUUUCCAGCACAGUCACGUGUUCUCCUUUUACUGCACUUCCGAUUGAGGCUCGUCCUAUUGUGCGUGUAGCAGUAGAACCAGUUCACCCGGCCGACAUGCCAGCGUUAGCCAGGGGAAUGAGGCUGCUUAAUCAGGCUGAUCCUUGUGUUGAGACUUUUGUACAAGAAACAGGUAAGCUUUUGUCAGUCCACAAAUGACCUACUCGUCUCUAGAUUUCUUAGUAGCCCACUGUUUAGAGCAUCCGAAAUAAUGUCUGUCGUAGGUCCAAUUCCCAUCUGGAACCCAGAGCUUUUUUCUGAGUUCUUCUCUCCACCCAUCAUUCUAUUUAUUAUUUUCUGUGGUAACCAGAUUUAAUUAGUAUGUUCAAGAUAAUUCGGUCUUUUGAGUCUGUGGAUAGAAUUUCUUACCGUGCCUAUUUAUUCAUAUCAGUGCUACGACUUAUUAGUGCCUUCCUGUGGUUAUUUAGAUAAAAAGUUAUAAAUACUGUAAGCCUUCCAGUGGUACUGUCCAUGACACUAUCCAAAUGCCGUUGAAUAUUCGUAAGCAUCAUAUAAGGCCAUGUUAAAAUGCAAGCGUGUCAGCUCGCGACUAGCCUGCGCCAGGCCCUCAGAUAUAAGGGACUUCGCAUGUGGGGAAGGCAAGCGAAAAAUAAGACGUGCGAUAUCUCGGAGCCUGGCUGGUUCGUAACGGUCAGCUGAUGAAAAAGUCCCCCCUCCACCCAACCUUACCUGUUAUGCUAACUUAUAGAUAGAUGGGAAAAUUGUGGCCUCCUGUAUAAACAUCUCGAUUUUUUUUUUCAGGAGAGCACGUGAUCGUAGGAGCGGGUGAGGUCCAUUUACAGCGAUGCAUAGACGAUCUCAAGCAGCGAUUUGCUUGCAUCGAGCUCAACGUAUCCUCCCCUAUUGUUCCAUUCAGAGAAACAAUCGUCCCACCCCCGACAGUAGACAGGGUCAACGAAGCCAUAGUUAACGAAACAAUUGUACCGCAAAGCAGACAAACGGACCCAGAGGAGACAGGAGAGGAGAGUAAAGAUAUUCUAAACAAAGAGAACGGUCUCUUAGAAAUCCGGACAGCCAAUAAGCUUUGCUCUUUACACAUCCGGGCUACACCCCUCCCGGAAGAGGUGGUUCGGUUGCUUGAUAAGAAAAGCGAGUUGAUAAAAAUACUGGUGACAGUUUCCUCUGCGUCGAGUGCUGCGGAACGGAAACAGUUGGCCUCUCAAGUGAGCGUUUCCACCAUGGAAGCGUUAAAAAGUUUUUAUCAAGAUUUAUGCAACGCUUUUAAAGAAGCAGGAAGUCUGUGGGAUGGAGCCGCAGACGAUAUCUGGGCAUUUGGUCCACGUAGGAUUGGUAGCAAUGUGCUACUGAAUAGGAUCCCUGGUUAUAGACGACCGUCACUGUGGCAUAAUGUUGGUCUGUCAGGUACAUGUAUGUUUAUACUUCAGUUAGUUUUGUACGACUUGACAUCAAUUCAUUAAUUCAUUUUUGGUUUACGUACAAAAUAAAUUACUCGUUAUAACUAGACCCAAGAAUUAUCUUGUGUGAGACCCUAGUAUCGUAAGAAAUGGUGAUCCCCAUUUUUGUCUUAAGAAUGAUUAAAAAUUUAUCUUCUAAACUUUCCCCUCUGUAGAAAACCCGCAAUAAACAACCCCAACUAGGUGAAAAAGCUAAUCACUAAAAUGGGGCUUUUUCAAAAAUUCACCCUAACCCUAAACCAACCCCUUUCCCCCUGGACUCAAACAAAAAGCUGGUUUUGACGAGCGACGCAAACGCAAAUACAAGAGAACACGUGCGUGUAGUUACCUCAACGCAAACGCACACUGGCGUAUACCUUUGUGUUCAUUUACACGUGUGAAUUGGGAAAAUGCAAAAGUAAGCGCAAACUCAAGGUGUAAAUUUUCGUCCACCAUGUUUAGCCUACGUGUUGCCGCACCCUCCCCCUGAGAAAGGAAAAACGGAGAGUGGGGGAGGGUGCGGCUACACUUAGGCUAGCCAUGUUGGGAUUCUGGGUGGUCAAAUGCGCUUGCGUAUCUCGCUGUGAAAGAAUUCCUUGCGCUUGUGUUUACAUCGCUGGAGUGACCCUAAGAGUUUAUUUGCUUUUUCCUCUAGGAAAUGCGUGUCAGUUACCAUCGGAGCUUAGUUAUCGGGAUUAUGAUAACAGUAUAGUGAGCGGUUUUCAGUUGGCUACACUCGCGGGCCCUCUCUGUGAAGAACCAUUAAUGGGCGUUUGCUUCGUUAUUGAGAAAUGGAUCUCACUGGAGCAAGACGGUCUGACAAGUAUGACUGGUAAAACAGGCUCAACCGGUUGUGCAGGAGUAAUUGGAUCAGCAGGGCAGCAGGGUUUAUUUCCUGAGAAGGGCAGUGUUGAUGAAACUAACUUAGAAAUCAGCGAAAACGUCAAAAGCAUGGACAAAAGUUGCGAAGGGAGAGAUAAACAUGAAGAAAAGAACAGCUUUCUUAGUGAGGAUGCUUCAACAAAACCAGGUUAUGAAGAUAGUAGUGAAUAUAAUCCUCUGCGCCAAAAGAUGGAUAGAUUCGGACCAUUCUCAGGGCAGCUAAUGUCAGCUGUCAAGGAGGGUUGUAGGCGGGCGUUUCUGCUUCAGCCAGUUCGCCUCAUGGCAGCCAUGUACACUUGUGACAUUCAAGCUACGGCCGAAGUCCUGGGCAGAAUGUACGCGGUUGUUGCUAAACGAGAGGGACGGGUACUGAAGGAGGAAAUGAAAGAAGGCUCUGACGUGUUUGAUGUCACAGCCGUACUUCCGGUGGCAGAGAGUUUUGGAUUCGCUGAAGAAAUAAGAAAGCGAACCAGUGGACUGGCAAAUCCACAGUUGGUGUUCAGCCACUGGGAGGUGAGUAGUUACGAUAACAUUAAACUUUUCACCAUAGCAACCAGAAGAAUUGAUUUGUUUAAGUCAGCUAAAGUCAAAAUAACAAUUUACAGAAAAAAAGGGGGCACAUGCAUAUACUGGUUUGGAAGAGAAUUUACCACGGGCAAGUUCGAAAUUACGAUAGGUGUUGUUCCUUGGUGUCACCAAAGGUUUUUCGUAUUCUCUGAGUAGCGUACAGCUAAGAUAUACAAGAGGUUAAAACAAUGGAAAGUUAGAAAACCGUCAUCUCAAAAAGUGGUCGCAGUCGCUUACGAGAGGUAGUCGUUCACGAGGGGCUUCAACCAUAGAGCAAUGACUGAAAAACAUUUUGUUGUCAUGGAUAGGUGGUGCAUGGUUAUGAGAGGUUUUCGCUCACGAGAGAUGGCCGCACAAGGAGUUUCGACAGUACUAACAUGUACUUAAUUCCCGCUAGGUUGUGGAUAUUGACCCCUAUUGGGUGCCAACCACGGAGGAGGAGUACACCCAUUUUGGCGAAAAAGCGGACUCGGAAAACCAGGCGCGAAAAUACAUGAACAGUGUACGAAGAAGAAAGGGUUUGUAUGUGGAGGAGAAGACUGUCGAGCACGCAGAGAAGCAGCGGACAUUAAAGAAAUAAUGACAUCAGACGGAAAAAAUUCGAGAAGUAAGAGUCGGCGAAUGCUGGUAACAUAAAUGUCUUAAAGUGCUACUACGAUCAAAACUUUAUGUUAAGUUUGACACAAAAACGCGUUCUUUUCACCUUGUCAGUGUGGCUGUACCUAUCUUAGUCACUGAAAUGAACUCUGGGCGCCUCUAAGUGAAAAUAGUGAAGUUGAAAAUGUAGGGGUUUUGGUUCGCGUCCGCCAUUACAAAUUUAUGUUCCAGUGAGCCCGCGGUUUGGAGUUGCGGUCAUAUCAAACAAACCUAUCGUUCUCUAAGGCGACUUCAUGUUAUUAACAUACCUUUUAAUAGUGGAUCUCCCUAGCAAGAAUCCCUUCACCCUUAAACUCCGAAGUGAGACCAUCGUUGAAUUUCUCCCCACAGUUACACUGCUCAAUCAAACCUAAAGUCGGGAGAAAAAAGGAAAUGAUCAAGAAGUCAACGAGGUCUUUACUGUUAAACAAAUUCUCCUCAUGAGUACCAAAGAAAAUGUAUGGAGAACAGUUUGGAGAAUUUCCCUGUUGUUAUUGGGAUUAAAGGGUUAGAUAAUACUGAUUGAUGAGUACGCUGGUCUGACAGAUUAAUAGCAUGCGAGCA